UGAUCACACGCAGUCAUGAGACUCUCUUGAAACACCGGUUACGAUUUUUCGAUGAUCUUGUAGUGGCAAUGGUGUUUUUAUCUUUCUUUCUCGGUUUACUGCUCAUGACGGUCUCUGAAAACGAUGCAGCCGAGAGGAUUCAAGCUUUCGUCAUUCCUCACAGUCAUAUGGAUGUUGGCUGGGUGUACACGGUCCAGGAGAGCAUGCAUGCAUACGCCAGCAAUGUGUACAGCAGUGUAGUUGAAGAGCUGUCACGAGUCAAAAGCCGCAAAUUCAUCGCAGUUGAACAGGAGUUUUUCCGACUCUGGUGGGUGAAUGUGGCAACAGAUUGGCACAAGAAACAGGUGAGACAGCUGCUAAAAGAGGGUCGUCUGGAGUUCAUAAUCGGGGGUCAGGUGAUGCAUGAUGAAGCAGUGACAGAUGUAGAUGAUGCCAUUCUUCAGCUCACAGAGGGACACGGCUUCUUGUAUGAGACUUUUGGUGUUCGGCCACGUUUCGGAUGGCAUGUUGAUCCGUUUGGUGCAUCAGCCACCACCCCGGUCCUCUUUGCACUUGCGGGGUUUGACGCUCACCUCAUCUCUCGCAUUGACUACGACCUUAAAGAUGACAUGCAGAAAAACAAGAAAUUGCAGUUUGUGUGGAGAGGUUCACCAUCCUUAAAGGAAAAACAAGAGAUAUUCACACACACUAUGGACCAGUUCAGUUACUGCACACCAUCGUAUCUCCCCUUCUCUAACAGGUCUGGGUUUUACUGGAAUGGUGUCGCUCUGUUUCCGGACCCUCCUAAAGAUGGCAUAUACCCCAACAUGAGUCUGCCAGUGACCAAAGAAACUGUAGAGCUUUACGCACAGACCAUGGUGGACAACAUCAAACAGAGGGCCCAGUGGUUCAGAACCAGUCAUGUUCUCUGGCCUUGGGGUUGUGACAAGCAGUUCUUCAAUGCAUCAGUGCAGUUUAUGAACAUGGAUGUUUUAAUGAACUACAUUAACACACACAGUGACAAGUAUGGAGUUGCAGUGCAGUAUGCCACGCUACAGGACUAUUUCCAGACAGUGCACCAAACAAAUCUGUCCUGGGAUGUGAGAGGAAACCAAGACUUCCUUCCUUACUCAACAGAACCGUUUCAGGCAUGGACGGGGUUCUAUGGGUCCAGAAAUGUUCUGAAAGGAGUAGCUAGACGAGCGAGUUCCCUCCUGUAUGCAGCAGAGUCUCUCUUCACUAGAUACCGUAUCAGCUACCCAGAUGGUCCAGUUCAGAGAGAAUGGGCUCUAGACAAACUCAAGGCCCUGCGAUGGGCUGUCUCAGAGGUUCAGCACCACGAUGGCAUCACAGGGACAGAAUCCCCUAAAGUGGCUGAUAUGUACAUGGAGCAUCUCAUGCAAGGCAUGAUGGGAGCUGAGGAGCUCUUGGCAGCCAUAUUCUUACUUCCACAAACCCUUGAACUUUCCAACGACAUCCAUCACACGCCCCAAACCAGAUCCACCACAGUGAAGACCGACUCCGGAAAUGUUCUUGAACAGCAUAUCAUCGUGUACAACCCACUUGCCUGGAACAUUUCAACAUAUAUUAAUAUUUCUGUGGCAUACGCAAUGGCAGUUGUGCUUGACGAUGAUGGAAAGGCAGUACCUGCUCAGAUCCAGCAAUCGAUGGAGUCUUCCACUGUCUACGAUCUGUUCUUCGUUGUUGAGCUGGGUGGACUGCAGUACAGAAAGUACAUUGUGCAGUUCCCACAAUCCCACUGUGACACUGGAUCUGCCUGUGGGGCGACUCAUGUGGCCAGAGUAGUGACAUUUAAAAAGAAGAAUGUGAGUCAGUGGAAGAGGACGGGUAGGAAGUUGUUACCAGUGCUGAAUGAGUGCUACAAACUGAUGUUUGACCAAGAGACAAACCUUCUGCACAGCAUCACAGACCGGUGUGAAAAGAUGAGAGUUAGAGUACAGCAGGAUUUCUGGGAGUAUGAGGCCAAUGGGGACGUCCACUCCGGGCCGAUCUCAGACAACUACAUCUUUACUGCCAGCGGCUCAGCUAUUCCUGCAUACAAAUCUGUGGCCAUGGAGAUUGUGCCAGGGAAGGUAGUCUCAGAGAUACGCCAGUAUUUCUACAGAGAGGAAGAAGACAAGAACCACACUUACUCGGUGGUCACCAGAGUGCCGGUGGGGUUUGAGGGUCGGCUGGCAUGUUUCAGACUGGAGCAGAGCUAUAAAGUGGGCCCCCUAGAGAUAAACAGAGAGACCGUGUUCAGAACCCGCACGAGUCUGAAGAAUAACCGAACACUGUUUACUGAUAACAACGGCUAUCAGAUGAUGAAAAGGACAUAUAAGACCUUUGUGAACAACACAAUCGCCCGUAAUUACUACCCAAUGGUACGAGCGGCCUACAUACAAGAUGAUUCCAGCAGAGUUGUGUUCCUCGGUGAAAGAGCUCAUGGAGUGGCCAGUCUAAGUCAGGGUCAACUAGAAGUGAUGCUUCAUAGACGGCUUUGGAAUAACCAGGAGUGGAAUCUGGGUUAUAAUCUGACUCUUAAUGACUCGUCUGUGGUGAGGCCCGUUCUCUGGAUGAUGCUGGGCUCGCCUUCUGCAUUGUCAUCUAUCUACCAACAGGAGGCACUAGAGCUGCAGCACAGACCUGUGGUUAUGCCCAUUGACCAACCCCGUGAGUUUGCAGACACAGAAAAGCCGUGGAAUCAGAGAGAGAAAUUUAGUGGGCCGUUUGUUCAGCCGGUUGUGGUGCCCCAGAACCUCCACAUGCAGACCCUCAGCAUCCCUGGCUGGAACUACAGUCCUGAUCACACCCAGCACCUCCACAGUCUCAACUUAGGUGGAGAGAGAAAGUCUGAGAUAGACUUUGACCGUAUUCUUUUGAGAAUCACACACCUGUAUGAAGGGGGAGAAGACCCAGUCCUAUCACAACCCACCGUUAUUAACCUGAAGGAAGUUAUGAGAGGCAUAGGUGAAUUAACCAGAGUUCAGGAGCGUUCCCUCACUGGAACAUGGAAUAUAUCAGACCUCCAGAGGUGGAGCUGGAAAACCAAUGAAAGUGUACGGAAAGAAGAGCAAAUUGAUUUUUUCAGCUGCACAACCCAGGACUUCAAUGUGACCAUUUAUCCGAAGGAGAUCAGAACCUUUUUCAUUUACUUUAAAUAGACAGAUUUGCAGAAUCAGACUUUUAUCUUCUGUGAAGAUUCUUUAUUAAGAUUAUUUCUAAAUUGUGAGUAAAGAUUUUAAGAUGCGUACAAUCUGAAUCACCUUUUGAAAAUUUGCUUUAUUUUUUCUUAUGAAAUUAUUAAAGAUAGUGUUAAGCAUCACACAUCUUGUGAAGUGUUUAGACUCAUUUGUGUUCUUUGCUCAUUUAGAAAGUACAUAUACAAUCUUGACAUCAGGUCAGUGGGUGAGUGUGAACUUUAUUUGUUGAAGUUCCAUGCAAAAACUUUUAUAUCGCCACUGAUACAUGAAUAGCAUUGCUGUUAUGUUUUCACAUUGGCUUAAAGCAAUAUUCCACAUCAAAAUGAGAAUUCUGUCAUAAUGCGCACACCUGUAUGAUGUUCAGUGUCAUCCAGUUUUGAAACAUGUUGUUCCAAGCUGUCUUUUUUUUUUUUUUGGUCUACAUUGUACAAUAGAAGUCAAUGGGCUCCAAUUUAGUUGGGUUCCCAACAUUCUUCAUAAUAUCUUUUGAGUUGAUGAAAGAAACAGGAUGAAGACAGAAUUUUCAUUUUUGGGUGGAAUACCCCAUCCAAGAAGGUAAAUAAUAUGGUGAAAACAUUGUCAACACAUACAACUCAUACAACAGUAUGAAGACUGUAACUAGAUUUAUUUAUUUUAUUUUUAUUGUUUAUUACAUUAGUUUAUUCAAUUUUAAUAACUUUUAAUUUGUGUAUUGACAAUGUCCAUACACCAACGGAUUCAGUAUAUGAAUUGGAACAUACAGUAUAUGUUCUGUAAAAGGCUAUUUUUACAAGUUUUAUAUGUUGUAUUGUAAAGCUGAUUGAGAUAUUAAUUCAUACU